AUGUUUGAGAAAUAUAAAUCUCACGUAUUGGUAAUUGUGUUGUUGGCCAUUCUAUGUGUUUCCAAUACUUUGUUUUUGACACAUGUUAAAGCUGCCACUCGACCAGCUCCUUUCGUUGGUGUCAAUACAGCUGCAGGAACUAAUUCAGUUGGAGAUGGUCUUCCACCUGAUGGUGCCACAUAUGUAAGACCAGUCAGUGUAAAGAUUGCUCAAAAUGGUGAUGUUUUCAUUGCUGACCAUGAUCAUUACACCAUUCGUAAAGUUUCAAAUGGAAAGGUUUCGACCAUUGCUGGUAAAAAUCUUGUACAAGGUGAUUCAGGAGAUGGCACAUUAGCUGCUAAUGCUCUAUUAUCUGGUCCAUCAGAUCUCCUUCUUACAAGCUCUGGUGAAUUACUCUUCAUGGAUGGUGGUCCAAGGCUUAAAAAGAUUGACAAGAAUGGAUUUCUGACGUGUCUUGCAGGAAAUGGCUCUGAAAUUCUUCCAGAUGGUUUUCCAGCAAAAGAUACAAGAUUCACUUCUAUUGCUUCUAUUGCACAACAUCCAGUGACUGGUGAGAUUUACUUGUCAGAAACUGGUAAUCAUACCAUUAGACGAAUCUCAACUAAUGGAAAUGUUUAUACAGUUGCAGGAACAGGUGAAUUUGGAUUCAGUGGAGAUGGCGGUCCAGCUUUCGACGCCCAAUUAUUCUUUCCAAGUAGUAUUGCUUUCAAUAAUGGAGGAGAAUUGUUUAUUUCAGAUUUAGGUAAUAAUCGUAUUCGAAAGAUUGACAAAAAUGGAAUAAUCUCAACAAUUAUAGGUGGUAGUAAAGGAUAUUCUGGAGAUGAAGGCAAUGCUGCUGAUGCCAUGAUAGAUGGUCCAUAUAGUUUAGCCUUCCAUCCUGUCAGUGGUGAUUUGACUUUUGUUGACAUUAACAAUUACAGAAUUCGAAAGAUUUCUAAUAAGGGAAUAAUUUCAACAAUUGCUGGAAAUGGUGAAAAGGGAUCAAUUGGCGAUGGUGGUUCAGCACUUAAUGCACAAAUUUAUUAUAGUGUUUCAAUUUCAUUUAGUCCAAAUGGUGAACUAUAUAUUGCAAACGAAUGGAACAAUAGAAUUAGAAAGAUUUCAUUAUCUGGAAUUAUUUCAACCUAUUCUGGUGGUACAUUCGGUGAUGGGUAUGAUGCUUCAAGUUGGGGUGUUUUGUUUUUACCUCAAGGUGUUUCCAUUACUCCAAACGGUGAUGUGUUAAUUGCUGAUUCGAAACAUGCACUUAUUAGAAAGCUUUCUAAUGGAGUUCUUUCAACAAUUUACACCAAAACUGAGUUGAGAAAUCCAACUUCUGCCAUUAUGAGACCUAAUGGUGAUAUUUACUUUGCUGAUCAGGAUGAAAAUAGGAUUCGUAAGAUUUCGGCAACAGACGGAACAGUUUCCAUUAUUGCAGGCAAUGGAGCUACCUCUGGUUUUGAAUCAGAUGGAGUAUUAGCACUUGAUGCCACAAUUGCCUCACUAGGCACCUUUGAUUUCAAUUCUAAAGGUGAAAUUUUAUUCACCGAUUUGGAAAAUCAAAGAAUUCGUAAAGUUGCCUUAAAUGGAAGUGUUUUAACAGUUGCUGGAUUUAGUGCUGGUAUUAAUGGAACAAUUGCUCCUUCCUAUAGUGGAGAUGGUGGAUUGGCUACUCAAGCUGGUCUUAAUAGUCCUUAUGGAAUUGUUGUCACUCCAUCAGAUGAAAUUUAUUUGGUUGACAAGGGAAAUUUCAGAAUUCGUAAAAUUUUGACAAAUGGCACAAUUAUUACAGUUGCAGGAACUGGUACGCAAGGAUUUUUAGGAGAUGGAGGUUUGGCCACCGCUGCAAGAAUAAAUCCAAGAGGUGGACUUGCAGUUUCGUCUAAGGGCGACAUUUACUUUACUGACAAUUACAGAAUUCGAAAGGUGUUUGCAAAUGGAAAGAUUACAACUCUUGGUGGAUUUUCAUAUGGUGGAUUCUCUGGUGAUGGUACUUUGGCAACUAAUGGUGUAUUUGAUGCUCCAUUAGGAAUUGCAGUUGACUCAAAUGAUAAUGUCUUUAUUGCAGAUGUCAAUAAUGACAGAAUUAGAAAGAUUGGAAAUAUGUGUGCAGCUCCAUAUGUUGUUUCUGGAUCUGAAUGCAUUCCAGUUUGUUAUGGAAUUAAUUCGAAUAAUGUUUCGAGUGUUUGUUCUGGACGCGGUUCUUGUAAUGAUCCAAACAAUUGCACCUGUCAAGCAAAUUAUUAUGGAAAUAAUUGUGAAUUAUUCAAAUGCAAGGGAAUUGCCAGUACUGAUUCAUCAGUUUGUUCAGGAAGUGGUCAAUGUAUUGCUCACGAUACUUGUAAAUGCAGUGGAAAGGCUUAUGGAGCUAAUUGUGAGUUAGUUCUUGCUAUUUCGAAUGUCAAUAGUGGAAAGGUUAUUCCUAAAAACACUCUUUCUGAUAGAUUGAACGAUGGCGUUUCAGUUUCCAUUUCUCUAUUGAGUAUUAUUAUUUUCAGUAUUAUUCUAUUGUUACAUUAA